CCCAUUACGAAUCUAGUGGGGAAGCUUUCCGGAUCUCCAUUCUCCAACAGCACCACCCCAGAGAGGAAGGAAGCCGAGGCUGCCGUGCAGCGGCGGCGACGAACCGCCGGAUUUCUGAGAGCGCGAGCGUGUGGGAGGGGUGGAAGAUGGCGAGCAGGCUCUGGAGGUGGUACGCGGACCGGCAGUUCCACAAGUGGGAGAAGACGGUGCUGUGGGACAUGGUGGAGCCGUACCGCCCGCCGCGCUCCUUCGCGCCGCUCGUCGGCACGUACGUCGCCGCCUUCUACACCGCAGUCGUCGCCGCCGCCUUCACCGAGCAGCUCUACAAGGAGAAGUAUUGGGAGGACCACCCGGGCGAGGCCGUGCCGAUCAUGCCGCCCAAGUUCUACUGGGGCCCAUGGAGGGUGGUGAACGGAGAGGUUCCCCGCUUUAUCCAGACUCCUGAUGAAGCCAAGCCUGCAUAGAAAGCUUUGAGGUUUCCACACAAAAUCUCGUAUUAGAUGAUGCUCAAAGUCCCUACCCCUCCUUGAUCAAGUGGCUUUUUCGAAUUUACUACUGAUGUGUAGUUACUACACUCUUAUCUCCAUCUAAUUUGUACUCUGGUGGUUGUACAAUGUCUUUUUCCAUUGAAUAAAUUGAUUGUUAAUUCAAUUCUGAAGCAAGCUGAGCUGAGUUU